CUGGGUGCAUGUAGGCUGACGUUGUUUCCAGCCCCACGAUGGAAAAAAGCGAAUCCUGCUUCGAAUAUUCAACCCCUCUCAUCUCUCUCCCUCUCUGUUUCUAACAAAGCUUGUGUGUUGAAUUAAAAGAGAACUCAUUAAAGAUUCGUUUUGUACGCGACGGCACGACUUCGAAAUCUCCCCAUUUUUCCCUUCUGUCUCUCUCCUUCGGCUGUCCUCAGUUUAUUCUCUUUUGAGAUUCUCUUUAGACCCUGAUUCCUGUUAGAAACCCGUUUCGUUGGUCGAAUCUAUAUUAUUCUAUGUGCUUUGGACAAAAUACCCUUUGUUGUUGUGGUAGCGCCUAUAUUAUAUCUUCUAUUCCCUAGCUUUUUGAUCAGAAACCCCAUAGUAUUAUCGCAGGCAUAAACUGUCUUUCAAUGGAUUAUUACCCUGAGAAAAUGCAGCAUCGCGGUGGUUUGGGCUUCCGAGAGUAUGUCAAAGCUUUAGAGGAAGAGCGCCGGAAGAUCCAGGUGUUCCAGCGGGAGUUACCUCUCUGUUUAGAGCUUGUUACCCAAGCUAUUGAGGCGUGUCGGCAACAGUAUUCGGGAACGACAACGGAGAACAACUUGCAUGGACAAUCUGAAAGUUCGGAGCAGACGACUUCAAAUGAUGUUCCUCCAGUGUUCGAGGAGUUCUUUCCGAUAAAGCGGUCUGCUUCGUCCGAUGAUGAGGUGGAGGAGCACCAAUCCCACAAGAACAAGAAGGAGAAGGUGAUCAGCAAUGAUAAUAAGAAGAAGUCGGAUUGGCUUAGAUCGGUUCAGUUGUGGAAUAAUCCAACCUCAGAUCCACAACCCAAAGAGGAUGUACCGAGAAAGGCAACGGUGAUGGAGGUUAAGAGGAAUGGUGGCGGUGGUGGUGCUUUCCAGCCUUUCCAAAGAGAGAAGAGUGCUGCAGUGAGUAAUGCAUCAGAGGGCAAAGCGCCUUCUUCUCUGGCACCGGAGCCGGAGCCAGUGGCGGCUGUAGCCACAACGAGUUCGUCUGCGGAAACAGCCACGGGAGGAGGCGGUGAAAACGACAGAAGAGAACAGAAAGAAGGGCAGGCUCAGAGAAAGCAGAGGCGGAAUUGGUCCCCUGAGUUGCACAGGCGGUUCUUGCAUGCGCUUCAACAACUUGGUGGUUCACAAGCUGCGACACCUAAGCAAAUUAGGGAACUAAUGAAGGUUGAUGGGCUUACUAAUGACGAGGUCAAAAGCCAUUUACAGAAAUAUCGGUUGCACACAAGAAGACCAAGUCCAUCGAUCCACAAUAAUGGAAACCAACAGCCACCACAAGUAGUAGUUGUUGGAGGCAUAUGGAUGCCAGCACCAGCCGAGUAUGCAGCAGUGGCAGCAUCAGGAGAUAUUGCCUGCAGUGUUGCAGCAGCCAAUGGAAUCUAUGCUCCUGUGGCCGCACCACCACCUGCAGUCCAACAGGCAUCAACAUCUCAAAUCCAGAGAUUACCUCUGAAGCAAUCCCAGCCCCCACAAUCUGAAGAAAGGGUUAGCCAUAGUGGGAAGAGAGCUUGUUCUGAUUCCCCAGCCACAUCAUCCUCCACCCACACUACCACUACUUUCCCUGUUUUCUAAUUUUCAUAGCCUUAAGAGUGAUGUAAAAAGUUUUGUAAUCACGACUGAAUAGAAAAUGCUAUAAGACAUCCUCGUCAUUCUGA